AUGUACUCGAAACGACUCCUGUCGCAACUUUUCGUUGCCCUGGCAGUGCUUUCGGUCUCCGAGGGUACAUGGCUGAAUACGAGGAAGUUGGAAGGCAAGGCGAUAGCUGCACGACAGCUUAGUAUCAUUGGCGACAUCCUCGGGGGAACUUCAAGCUCGGACUCGGGCCCCAAGUCAACGACGUCCGAGAAAACUGAAAAGCAAAGCACCUCCGCCGUCCCACCUACAUCUUCAACUCCAGCCCCCGCUUCGGUUCCAGCUCCAACUACAACCAGCAGCCCCGCGGAUCCCACGACUUCUGUUGCACCAGCUACCUCAAACCCUUCCCCGCCAACUUCGUCAACUCCUGUUAUCUAUACCCCGACUUCCCCCGUCGCUCAACCAACCUCUUCGGCUGCUGCCCAAAACACCAAUUUUACUCCCCAGCAGACCCCAACUACAACUACAAGCUCAAGACAGACUUCAGUUACGCUGGUCGUAUCUACUAAAGUCGAAGUAUACACGGCUACGCGCAGCGAUGGAUCAAAGGAAACGUUGACUAGUCUCACGAAGACGACUUCAACAGCUGUCCUCAGCCCUGACGAUGGCGAGACUAGCGGCAUGGCAACAAAGACUCGAAAUACCGUCAUUGGAGUCGUUGUCGGGGUUGGAGGCGCCAUCGUUCUGGCUACUCUUGGACUAGUUGCUUGGAGGAUUUGGGGACGCAAGAAGCACAAUGAAGAACAUCAUGGCCUAAUGGACUAUGACUUGUCCGCCCCUGGAGUUGAAAAGUCUGAGCGAGGCAGUAGUGCUGGUGGUGCUCAACCCAGCCCUUUCCGGUCAACCUUGGAGAACUAUCACCAACCUGGCCAGAUGAACGCAUCGGCAAACUUUUGA